AUACACGAUUGCCGACAUAGAACUGGGCGACCGUCUGAGACCUCACUGAUAUAUCGGGUGCACGCGGAGCGGCUCACCGGUCGAUCAGGCUUCCCUUAGCCUAACUUCAGCCUUGCUCACUGUGUAUAUGAUCUUCCUGGGAAUUGCACCACAUCAUUCUCGAUAGCUUGACAACCUUCGCCAUGUGCAGCUUGGGUUCAGCCCACAUGGAAUGUUUCGCACUGAGCUCUCAGACUCUGCUAAUACAUCCUGCAUAGUCCCCUGGAGAGCUUGCUGCCAAUUCUACUAUAGUCACUAGGCUGCUGCUAUAACUCGCAAUCUUACUAUCCGAUAUGACAGACUCUGAUCACCAAGCCCCCGAUCGUCGGAAUACGGUCACAGCAUUAACAUCGGGAAGGAAUACAGCGGGCCAAGCUGUCGUUCGCGCUUUGGACGUUGACGCGGACGAAAGCACCAAGUAUCAUAGAAUGACCGAGUACAUUGACGGCCAUGGUCUUAACGGCCAGAUACUGAGCGUGGCGGCUAGUGGCUUCUUCACUGACUCCUACAACCUCUUUGCGCCUAACGCCAUCCUACCAUGCCUGGCGUACAUCUACUGGGACGGCACAAGGUUGGGAAGUGAACAGAAAGCGAUUGUGCUGAAUAUUCUUACCCUCACCGGCUCCGCGAUGGGCCAAGUGCUGUUCGGCUGUUGGCCGACGUCUUCGGACGCCAGAAGCUGUACGGUGUCGAGCUCGUCAUAGUCAUCUUCACCACCGUCGGCCUGGCCGGUAGUGCAGUAGGUGUUACCAACAUUCUGACAGGGUGGACAUCCAUGAGUAUUACUGCGUGGCUUUACGCUUGAGAUUUGUGAUGGGCAUUGGC